GUUCUGGGAGUGGCUUCACCGAGCGAGGAGGCAGACGCUGUCCAUUUUAUAUACAGUCUAUGGUAGUAACUGCAGCUACAUGCAACCAGAGCACUUUAACAGGUGAAGCAGACAGCACUGAUGGUGAGAAAAAAAGAAAAUGAGUGCUACCCCCGACAGAAAUGCAGACGAAGGCUCAACAGAUGACGACAUUGUCGACAACACUGGCACGAAAACAUCGGUGUUGUGGAGGUAUUUUGUUUUUUUGAGGUCAGAUAUGAAUCAGAGUAAUGUGGACUGCAGAUUAUGUCAGGUACAUGUUCUCGCAAAGUCGGGGAAUACCUUAAAUAUUUCUUUACCUUCUGGAGCCGCAUGACGUUAACGUUUUAUAUGAAGACACAAGCCGGUUAACGUGCAUAAGCGAUGUGUGGUUGAUUCAAGCUUUAAAAUUCGUAUUUUGUUGAAGUGAAACGAUUCUGCGGUGGUUUCACGUUAGUCCAUUUGAUCUGAGUUGAUAUCUUUAUACUUUUCUACCUUUUUGGUCGUGAUACAAAAUCAUGUGUCUGUGAUAAAGAGUAGCUAUGAACGUUUUCUUUAAAGAAAUAAAACCUUUUUCUUUAAAAAGUCGUAUUUUCACGAACUUACCGCUCUCUCUGUGAAGUUGUUAUGGUUGUGUUAGCGGGCUGUUGGUUAGCUUACGCGGCUAACUCCAGCGAGGAUGUCGCGCAAGACUUCCGGAUCAGGACACUUGAUGCAACACUUAUAACUCAAAGUAGACGUUUAAGUACUUGUCUGUUGUUUUCCAUUUAAAAAUAUAAACUUUGGAAGAGAUGCUGGUUACACAUCUCCUUAGCUGGACGUUAGCUUGACGCACGCUGAGGUCGACGGCGAACGACGUCAUGAGGAAACAACCGAAGAAGUAAGGCGCUACAUCACAGGCUUACAGCGCUUAGCGCCUCCAAGCGGCUACAAUAGAAACUACAAGGACCGUAUGCUGGUUGCCAUGGUCAACCUGUAUAAUUUUGAAUGAACUUGAUUCAUUUACUACGAUGGAGUAUUAGGGCCACAUUAAGGGGGAAAAAUUACGAUUUCGAGAUUGAAGUGGUAAGCUUGCGAGGAUAAAGUCAUUACUAACGAUAAAAAAUUCAUAAUAAAGUAAAUACUUACGAUAAUAAAGUCAGAAUAAAGUCCUUAUAUUCUAACCUGUUGUUAAGAUGACAGAUGUUGAAAGGAGAGCCAUGGAGCAUUUCGUGAAAAUGUACUUUGAUUUGGGUUUCUUAAGGAGAUACACAUCAGCACCACAUUAUCAUAAGUAUCAUACUGAUUUUAUUACGACUUUAUUCACGUUAGUUAUGAUAUUAUUCUCCAAAUCUAACGACUUUAAUGUCGAAGUCUUUUUUUUUCUUAAUGUGUCCCUAAUACUCCGUCGUAAUUUACAGUAUUUUAUCAGACACAUAUCGGUUAAAUGUUAAAUUGUAUUUGAGUCUUCCUCAUUUUGUGCACAUUGUCUAAGUUUCCAAUUAUUGAAGUUUAUCUGAUUAUUUUUUGUGUGACAUGUAAAAAAGUUUGGUUAAAGCUGCACUAUGUAACUUAACACAAACAAGAACCCUUGUUUGAUAAUAAAUGCAAAUAGUGAAAAAAUCUUUACAUAUAACAAAUGGUUUAUGGCUUUGAUAUGACUUGUUUUUGACUUGAAAGGAACGGUAAGGACUUGGACUUGACUCGAGACCUGAGAGCCAAGACUUGAGACUCGACUUGGACUUGAACAUUAGGACUUUCCCCCACCUCUGACUGAAUGUUAUAAAAAGAAUGUGAUACAGGAAAUGCGCUCACACAUAGUCAAGCAGAUGUAACUCAAAGUUUAGAGAUCGAUGUCUACUCAUCAGCUGGGUUAAAUAUCUUGAUAUAAAGUCUCUCUACGCUCCUCUAACGAUCUUCUAUCCAGGUAGAGAGAUGAAGAGUCUGCAGACCAUCAGAGCGGUGUCUCUACUGCUGCUGCUGCUGCUGCUGCUCAUGGGAGCUCACAUCGACGGUUACAAGCCGGUUAUCCUCGUUCACGGGCUGUUUGAUAGACCACAAAAUUAUGAAAUACUGACUGAGUUCAUUAAACAGGUAGGACACCUCAAAGUUACUCAAGUAUGAAUCUAGUUUUAUUAAAAUUUGUUGUUGUUUUUUUUUUUAAGAGAAAACGUUUAAAAACACUGUUGUUUUAAGUAAGAAUCCCUCAUCUAAAAGUGUUAGCAAACCAGAAACAAGCAAAUUAUGAGUAUCUAAGAGUAAAGAUAGGAGGAUAAGCUUAAAGGACACGUAUCAGAAUAAUAAUCUGUAAGGUAAUUAUCAGUUUUUAAUGAUGACUGAGCAGGUAACAAGAAUGAAUGAAUCACUGUCCUGAUAACAUUGGUAACACUUUAUAUGAACCCACCUCUCACAAUGAAUCACAAAGCCUCAUAGAUGUAUCUUUAAGGCAUUUCUAACAGCUUAUUUUUAUGAAGUGUUUUAACUAAUGUGCCUUACAGAGUUAUGGUUUACAAUAUAUUAUAGGCCUAAAUAAAUGUACAUUUUUUUAAAAAACAGUGUAUUUUUGUGAUGAAGUAUUUUUGUUUGACACUUAGCUUACAGACACAAAAUUCAAAGUUCUUAUAUGUGUCCCUUUAAGGACCCCGGCAUUCUGGAAGCCCCCUUCGCUGCUGCCAUGCAACAAGGCUGUCCAUUUUUGAACAAGCCAUUCAGAGCCCCGUGUAGACUUCAUAUUUGUUUUCAAACUAUGAAAAAAAACCCACAUUAUCACUUGAACUUUUUCUAACGCUUAUGGAGUUUUCAAGAGAGGUUAGGCGAAUUUGUUGUUCUUAUUAAUUUGAUUUCUAGUUAAAACACCAUUUAAUUUGGUUUUUACAGAGAAAUUUUGAGGAAGAUUAGUAUAGCUACAGUACUUUAAUGCCAGUUUUAGGUUCAAGUAGUGAGUUCAUACAAGUGAGGACCACAAACAUCCUCAUCAUUGUGAGGAAAUAGAAGAUGGCACCUCCUUUGGCACAGAACCACCUACAUAUAUGUCUGUUCCUCACUUUGAAUUCCUAUCACUUAAUGGUUAUUUAAAAAAUGAUUAUACAUGGAAAAAUACAUCUUGUGUGUUUGUAUAGUGAUUUAGGUUUCAACUAUGAGCUGUUUGAACUCGUCAAUUAACAUUUCUUGAAGUUAAACUCUUUGCUGAGGAGGUAGAAAAAGAAGAAAGUGGAUUAAGUUGUAAUAUGUAUUGUCUAGUUCACUUAAGCUAUCAAAAAGGAAAACUCCCCUGAAUGCUGACAUGUAGUGGAGUGAAGUUAAGAAAUAGAACUAAAUGAAAACAUUCAAGGAAAGUACAGAUGUCUCUAAAGUUAAACUUGACUAAAUAAAGUGACUGUCAUAUUUGGACUUUAAGAGAAGUGAUUAUACUUUUACUUCUUCAGCCACUUUCUAUUCCUCAGGAUCGGUUUUACUUGCAGGGAACUUCUGUAAAAGAGCUCGCAUGAUGCAUAGUGUGAAGUCAUUAAGGAGAUAGUGAUUUAAUGAGCGAUUACUGUCUUUGUCUCUGCUGUUCUUACUUUCUGUUUGUUUCUUUUUUUCAGGCGCAUCCAGACACUGAGGUCCAUGUCAUCAGUGUGUACAACGGCACGACAAUGAGGAGUUUGCGCCCAUUGUGGAGGCAGGUCCGUGGCUUCGAGGAGAAAAUCAAGCCAAUCAUGGAGAAAUCUCCUGAUGGGGUUCAUCUUCUGUGCUUCUCACAAGGUCCUUCCCACUCAUAACUCACUCAGCUGAACACUUUUGUUAUUGGAUAUGAAGUGGGCUGAAACUCUGUUAAUCCUCAGAUAAAGACAGUUAUUGAAAGUGCAUCAUUUUGGUCAGAACCAUCAUAGCCUUCAAAAGUGUAUCAAGGCCAGCUCUCGUUUAAAGACCAGGCACCUUUCAUAUGUCUAUCAGAGAGAACACAAUGGAAUUUAAUACAAUCACACAUUUGGUCUUCAGUCGUCUGAGCAAGAAUCUGUCAACUUUUCCCUGGGUGCAACCCACAUACUCAGCUUCACUUAUCCCACAAACGAGUGUUCUUUACAACACAGGACUGCACUGACACAAUAUUUUCUCUGUCUUAAACUACAUGUCCACUGAAAUUUGUGCACAAACUUUGCCCUUCAAAAUCACAAAAGCUUAAAACCCUGGGAGUAUUUUAAUGUUUUAUCCAACCAGUCCAUUACAGAAAGUACAACACUGUUAAACAACACCAAAAUGAGCUCAAUAAUGAACAGGUUUGAGUGACCAUCUAUUUGACAAAAUGACCUUAAUGUUCAGUCAACAGCAGCCUGAAAAUACUCAACCAGAACUGACUGCUUUAACUCUAAUAAAAGCAUUAUUUAAACACACUCCUUUUAGCUUGAAGUGACAAAUAAACUAGUGACUAAGAGCUCAGUGAGAAAACCCAUCCACUGUCAGGGACAGAUAAAAAUAAGGUCAUAAAAAGAGAAGCGCCUCUCAGUCUGUCAAACACGAAGAGAAAUGAUCCCUCCCAGAUAAUGUUAGACAGAGUGGACAUUAUCUAUUCUGUUCAUAUUAAACACAAGGACAUCAAGAGGUCACAGAGAGGAAAGGCAGACAGAGUAUCUGUUAUCUGAAGGUCAGUUUACCAACAUAAUCACCAGGCAUGAAUGAAGGAAAACACACUGAACAAUGAGAUAUACUGAAUGCUCACUAUCAUACUCAUAAAUACACACAGACAUAAAGAGAAGAUGAACCAAAGAGAAGGAAGGAAGGAAACAGACACAAGCUCACACUAAAGAUGAGGAGCAGUAUCUAAACAAGUUUGACACUUCUGUUUCUGUUUCUGAAACGACAUGUGGCUGUUUUUGACCACAAUGACUUAACACUUCUUGUCAUUUAUACUCUUAGGUCAGAUGUAUGUUCAUACUCAAGAGUUAAGAAGCAGCAGCUGUCAAACUUUAACCUCAACAGCGAGGGCAUCAUGUUGUGAUUUUUUAUUUUUAGCAGAAAUAUCGAAUCAUUUCUAGGGAGAUGAAACAAUCCUGAAGUCUCACUCAGCCUCAGUGACCGGGGAGAGGGAGGGUUCUCUGGAAAAGAGUCAAGCCAGACUUGGCAAACAAAGAAAAACAGGAAGUCCAACCAAAAUAAAACAAGAGGGGGCGGCGUCUCACCACAUAUUUGUUGAUGUUGAUUACUCUGGGACUUUUUUUCUGUCUUUUUUUUAAUCAGGUGCUCUAAUUUGUCGAGCAAUCCUCUACAAGACUGCACACCACAACGUGGACACCUUCAUUUCACUGGCAUCUCCACAAGCUGGGCAGUACGGAGGUCAGAGGGCGUCCUUUUAUACUUUCAGCAUGUCUACAUAACACUCACCCUUCAGGGAACAGUGUUAUUUUGGGUGUUACAAUUUUAGAUUGAACAUCACCCAGCUACAGUUAUAUUAACUUUCAACAGGACAAAUGCAGUUCAAAGAGUCAGAGUCUCUCAUAUGUAAAGAUGGGAAGAGGUUAAUGCUCUGUGAGAGACUGUGUGAGCUAAUAGUUCAACAGUUUCCAACAAUGUUCAUACAUUUGAAACAACGUGUGGCGUCAAACUGAAUAAGAGUUAUCAGUUCCAACAUUAUCACAUAGUCUUUGUACUGUUUUCAAUUCAGUUUAGAUUUAAAGUGAUUUGUAAAUUCAGUUUCAUUAAUAUUUUAUACAGUGUCUCCCCUAUUUUGGAAGUUUGAAAUACAGAAAAAGAUUUGAUAAUGAUUUCCAGAGUUUUUAUGUUGAACCCAAGAGCAGGUAAGUGAUCCAGAGUAAGAGUUGUGGCAGCGUAGCAGAGGUUGGGGCUUUGGCUUCAAAUGUACAAAGAGGCACCAGAGGAGAGAGGAGGAGAGCAGGGAUUAAUCGUAGGUAAAACACACAUUCACUAGAGUUUCAGAUAUACAAUACUUGAAGACUGGCCGAGCUACCACAGGAGGUAUGGAUAUAAUCUGGUAGUAAGAGACAACCAGGAAGAGCUGAAGUGCAGCAGGUGAUUACUGGUGUCCACACAAGCCACAAACUAAACUCAGUGAGGCCAUCAAGUGUCCAAAAACAAGUAAGAGACAAGAUUACUAUCUUUUUCCCACAGUCACUGACAUCCUGAACAGAAUAAUCCCACACAUUGAGAAGAACAAAGUGUUUCCUUUUUGCUACAACAUAAUAGGACAAGGAUUCUCCAUCUGCAACUACUGGAACGGUGAGAAUGAGAGGGGUCUGAAACUAUUUGAAAAGCAGAUUUUAUUUUUUACCUUUAUAUCUACUUCGUAUCCAUCAGCUGGUAUUUCCAGGUUUCGAAGGAAUUAAAACUAGUUAGUCAAGUAUCAAACAGUAGAUGUCCUUUUGUUUGUUUAGUAGGUGUGUAAAGACCUGAAUCUUUCUCUGCAGACCCUCAUCAGGGGCCCAGGUACCGGAACAACAACUACUUUCUGGCCCGGAUUAAUGGUGACAGACCAGACCCAAAAAUGAAAGGUAAUAAUUGAAGUACUUUAACAGGCCGUAGUGUUUCAUUAUUUUCAGUACAGUAAAAAAGUAAAUUCAUGGAUUUCUCCUUAGUGUGGAAGGAAAACUUCCUGCGCAUCAAGAAGCUUGUUCUGAUUGGAGGACCAGAUGAUGGCGCCAUAACACCAUGGCAGUCCAGGUUUUACCCCCAUCUAAGCUUUACAAAUAAAAACAAAAAUGUUGUUACUUUACAUUUAAGCUUUGUUGUGAAAUAUGAGGAAAUAUCAAACCAACCUUCAGCGUUAAAAAUUGCAGCUAAUGCAGAAGUACAUACGACUGCAGUUCCUCGGGUGUCCACUUGAGGCCUGCUCUAAAGGUCAAGGAGACCCCUUUAAACCAAUGUUAAAAUGCUGAUCUUUACAGCUGAAAUAAAUUUUUUUUACAGCCUAGAAUAAAAUAUGUUUGUAGUCUGAAUGGCCCAUGUCUAUAUUUGUACACACCAUUUUUCUAUCACUCAUUAGUUUCGAAGCGAUUAAGGCAAGUUUGGCAUGAUUAGGGCAUGGCUGACUUGACUAAUACAGGGGCAAAUUGUAGCUGUGUACCAGGCACUUUGGGGCUACCUUAAAUCUGCCUCUUUGCUACAUGUUUGAUCAAAAGUUAGUUUGAGACAGCAUAAUAUGCCUGCCGUCAUGGUUGGUUUACAAAAUCCAGACAUUGAUGGGUGUCGUCAAUCAGAUUACAGAAUACGAAAACUCCAAUUCAGUCAAAAAAUAAUUACAGGCAAACACUGACUACAAAUCUGUAUUUGGUUAAAUUUUAACACAAACAGCAUGUGGAUUAAAAUAUUUUUACACCUGAGCCUUGCUUGCAGGUUUGUGUUUAAAUCAACUGUCAGAAAACAGGGUACAGAGCAACAAACUUUUCAGCCCAAGAGACAAAACUCUAGUUAUGAAAGGUUUGUUCUGGGCCUGAGAGCUACUUGUUGGUGGGCUAAAUUAACAUUUUUUUUUUUAUUAUGUCUUUGGAUUUGAGCAACUUGACAGCUCAGUGUUCUUGUUGGGAAAUCUAAAGCUCCUAAAUCAAAUUUACACUUUGAAAGUGUAUCAGUUUUCAUGUUCUCUGUACCUGGAGUGACUGUUUCCUCUUUUCUGCUCAGCCUCUUUGGAUUCUAUGACGAGGAGGAAAAUGUGGUAGAAAUGAAGGACCAGAAUGUGAGUUUUAAAAGAUACAUCACUGCUUUUUUUUUCACCUUAUGCCCCAAUCACUUUAGUAUAACUGCAAAACCAGUCUGCAUGUGGCAGACUUCUCUCUCGUCUUUUUCAUUAUAAAUCUGUCUGUUGGGUAACUUGUCUUUCUCUUUGUCUGUCUUCUCAAAGUUUUACAAGGAAGACUUGUUUGGACUGAAGACCCUGGAUGAUCGUGGGGACAUAUCGACGUGUGUUCACUCUGGAGUGUAUCACACAAGAUGGACCUAUAACCGCACAGUGUUCAACGACUGCAUUGAGAAGUGGUUAACAUGAGUACCAGUCCGUCACAGAGGUGACAUUAUAGGAAAACAUCCUAUGAUGGUGCUAGUUUAUGAGCAGGCUUUUAGCUGACACGCAGAUUUUCACACUUUUAAAGCCACACGCAAGUCAUGGUAUUGUUUUGUUCAGAAGAAAAGGAACUGUACAAAAAGUUGAACAAAGAGAGGGAAAUAUAGUGUUUUUAAGUCAGACUUUUGGGGUCAUAUCAUUUACUGUAUUAUUAUUCUGUAGCACAAUCCUCUUCCUUUUAGAUAAGAUAGAAUUUUAUUGAUCCUUUUGGGGAGGUUAUCUCAGGGAAAUUAAAACUUUUAUGACAGGAUAUAACACCAAAAGCUGAAAAUAAAUAUAUAUAUAUAUUGAGUGUUUCUUUUGUUCAGACUUUUUAUUUAGUUUUUAUCUAUUUUUAAGAAUUUUACAGCUUUUAAAUGUCUAUUUCAAAUGCAUCCUUAAACAGACGGUAACAUUUUAUAUGGUAUUUGAAUAAAUUAUAUAUAUGAGAUGUCUCCAUGGAAGACCUGAGUAAUGAUUACUAGUUCACUUAUUACUUAUUGCGAGUUGCUGCCCUCUGGUGGAAACUUCAGGUAUGUGUUUUGUUUCUGCCAUGAAUGGAAGAUAAACAGAUCAAUUCUCUAUAUUUCUGACAUAUGCAGUUUGAUAAUAAAAUUAAUUAGUUGAAAUGAUGUUAGUUUAUCUGCAUUAAUGCCCCUUUAGGAACAUCUCAAAAUCUCUCUGAUAGUUUGUUUUAGAGAUUUCAGUCAAGAUCAGAUCAGAUUUCCCCAUCUCUGGUUUCAAUUUUGUCGUAUCAUUUGGGUUGGAAAAUUCAUUAUUUACUGUAACUACUGAUGAAUGAAAACUGAUAUAAUGACAAAGAUAUAAUGUGCUUUACUUUGUUAGGUAUACAUUAAGUGCUCAUGCUUGCAUCAGCUGAACAUAAUAAAUAAUAGCAUGAUA